UAACUUUCCACUUGAAAGCAAUUUGAAUCUCGCCAUCUCAUUGGUCAACAUCUGCGUGACGAUACCGUAUCAGACCAAUCGAAUCGAGUUUACGUUUGACAGAUGAUGUCAGCAAUCUCAUAUGCAUAAAGGUCAAAAAUAUUUGUCCUUUAUUAUCAUUCACUAUACAGACUAUUAAUAAUUUUCAUAGUCGGUUUUCUGUUCUGGAUUCAGUUUUUGUGGGCAUUUUGCGGUGGUUUAAUAACUUCACAUAAUAAAAAUGGCUGAACCAAUCAGAGUUGUCGUAACGGGGGCUGCUGGUCAAAUCGCCUACUCCCUUUUGUACAUGAUCUCCAAGGGGGAUGUGUUUGGGCCAAACCAACCUGUCAUCUUGCACUUGCUCGAUAUCCCACCGAUGAUGGGUGUUUUGGAAGGUGUCGUGAUGGAAUUGAACGACUGCGCCAUCCCAAUCCUCCGCGGAGUCGUGCCCACCGACGACCCCGCCGUCGCGUUCAAAGACGUGUCCGCUGCCUUCUUGGUGGGCGCCAUGCCCAGGAAACAAGGCAUGGAAAGGAAAGACCUUUUGGCGGCCAACGUGAAAAUCUUCAAGGUCCAAGGAGAGGCGCUCGACAAACACGCCAAAAAAGACGUGAAAGUUUUGGUUGUAGGCAACCCGGCCAACACCAACGCUUUGAUCUGCUCUCGUUACGCGCCCUCCAUCCCCAAGGAGAAUUUCACUGCCAUGACCAGGUUGGACCAGAAUCGUGCCUUGGCCGAAAUCGCCAGAGCCAUCAACAAACCAGUCGACUCUGUUAAGAAUGUUGUUAUCUGGGGAAACCACUCGUCCACUCAGUUCCCCGACGCGUCGUCCGCCACCGUCGACAUGGACGGCAAAAUCUUCAACGUCGUCGAAGUUUUGAAAGACGACGUCUGGCUGAACACCACGUUCGUCGAGACCAUCCAAAAACGCGGUGCUGCCGUCAUCGCCGCCAGGAAAAUGUCUUCCGCCAUGUCGGCCGCCAAGGCCGCCAGCGAUCACAUGAGGACCUGGUUCAGAGGUACUGCACCGGGAGAAUACGUUUCGAUGGGCGUCCUCAGCGACGGAAGCUACGGAGCCCCGAAAGACGUGAUUUUCUCUUUCCCAGUCACCGUUAUGGGUGGAAAAUGGUCGAUCGUCCAAGGUUUGAAGUUGAACGACAACGCUAAAGCCAUGUUGACCAAGACUGGUGAUGAACUGUGCGAAGAAAGACAAGAAGCUCUUGUCGUCAUUGAAGCAUGACUAUCUAAGUUGUAACCAAUUAAGUUUUAAAAUUUAUUUACAAAUAGAUCUUUGUUGUAUAUACAUUUUAUUUCUACUUCACUGAUAUCGCAACAACACCGACAAUUAUUUGUAAAAUCCCCUCAGCAAAUGUAUUUAUUUUUUAUACUUGAUCCUUAAACUCAUACUUUUUAGUUCCAGGCAAUCUUGUCCUUAUUGUAUUGGGUUACAGGGGUAGUCUGUUCAAAUCUUGGGUUAAGGGUUCAUUUCUUUAUUAUAAAUAUUUUAUUUAUUUUAUGGUGUUGUAAAUAUACUGUUUAUAAAAAAUA